UCGGAUUUUGGAGAAAAAGUUGAGCAAUGGCUUCCAUAAUAUAAAGAAUUUUGGGAAAGAAUGUGAUAGUCUCGCAUUGAUGAAAGCUCAUGGCCAACCCAUGUCCCUUAAGACACUGAGGAAGGCUACGAAUAACUUUUGUCAGACUAAUUUUUUGGGUAGGGGUGGUUUUGGUGUGGUGUUUAGAGGAGAGCUCAAUGGAACCAUUGUAGCCGUGAAGAGAUCUAAUUCUUUUUUUGGUGAAGUAGAUGAGAGGUCUUUUAAUGCUGAGAUUAGUAUGAUCAAGACUGUUAGGCACCGGAAUUUGGUUGCCCUUUUAGGUUACUGCAUGAAGAAAGAGGAGAGACUCUUGGUCUAUGAAUUCAUGUCUAACGGCACUCUUGCUGAUCACUUGUUUUAUCCAUGUAAGAGAACCUAUCCUCUUGAUUGGAAACAAAGGGUCACCAUUGCACUUGAUGUGGCUAGAGGAAUGGACUACCUGCAUAGCUUGGCAAAUGAGUCUUUCAUUCACAGGGAUUUGAAGCCAUCAAACAUUCUUUUGAAUGAUGAUUUGAGGGCCAAGGUUUCCGAUUUUGGGUUGGUCAAGCUUGUACAUACAAUGCGCCCUAUGACGACCAAACUUGCUGGCACAUUCGGAUAUCUAGCACCAGAAUAUGCAUUUAAUGGAAAGGUGACGAAAAAGGUUGAUGUCUAUGCAUUUGGUGUGGUUUUGAUGGAGAUAAUUACAAGCAAAAAAGCACUAGACCCUUCCUUUCCUGAAGAUGAACACCAUAUAGUAGUUUUAUUCAAGAAAAGCUUUGAAACUGAAAACCAAUUCAAGCAAUUCAUGGACCCUGUUUUUUGCGUCGACAAUGAAGCAUAUGCCUGUGCACGCAAAGUCUCAGAGCUUGCAAUUUAUUGCACAGCCCGAGAUCCCCAACACAGGCCGGAGAUGUGCCAUGCUGUCAAUGUUCUUGGUCCAAUGGUUGAGAAGCAAUGGAGUAGGCCUUCUUCCGGCUCGUUGCAACCCGGUUUGGACUACAGCUUCCCUCAAUUCAACGGCCUGCUUUUGAGUCCCACUUCAUCCAUGACAAAUUACGGUGAGCAGAGCACCUUCACUGGCGCUAAUCUCACUCUUUGAAUCCUCAGUUCUUUCCAUUGCUUGCAAAGCUCUGGUAUGCACCAACAUUUCUGCAAAUAAUACACUCAGUUCUUGUUUCUAUGUUUAUUUAUUCUUGUCAUUUUCUCAUAUCCUUUCUGGAUUGAGUUCAUUUGUUUAUAGUUCAUUUGUUAUUAUUAAUAAUGGAUGAUGUACUGUUUGAGUUACAUUUUU